AUGUUGGCCUUGACAGGAGUUCAAAUGAGCAUUUACUUUAUGUCGACGUGGCAGUAUCUCAGAGAAAUUGACUCAUCGGCAACGAUCAACUUUUUUGGAUGGGUUAUAGCAGCAUGCAGUCUGGGAUGCGCUAUUGCUAAUCCACUUUUUGGAUAUUGGAAUCAGCGAACUCUGUCAACUAAACUGCCUAUCACAUUUGGUUUCGGUGUUUGUGCUCUUGGGAAUUUGAUCUAUUCUUUGCUCCCCUUGCUUUCUCCAGAAGCGAAAUGGGCCAUGUUGACAGCGAGAUUUCUCACAGGAUUCGGAGCAGGUACUCUUGGCGUGUUGCGAAGCUACAUCGCUACAGCUAGUACCAGUGAAGAUAGAAUCCGGGCUGUAUCACUCGGCACAGCUGGACUCACAAGUGGCCUUUCACUCGGACCUGCUAUCCAGAUCUGCUUUAUUUUUCUUGGCGACAAGGGUUUUUCAAUAGGACCAGUAGUCUUCAACAUGUAUACCUCUGCCGCAUUUUUCAUGUGUGCGAUUAGCAUUCUGUCGGUGAUUCUCGCGAAUACGGUGUUCGUAGAAGACUACGUUGGAAUAAUAAGCGACGAUGAGAAAAAAGAAGACCCGUUCCUUAUCAUUCCGAAGUUCGAUCGUGUCGCUGUCGGUCUGUUGUUCUACAUGUGGUGGAUGAUGUGUGGAGUAGCGAGCAGUGGGGGAUUAUCUGCUCCUAUAACAAUGGCAAUGUAUGACUGGACUAGCGAAGAGGCCAUACUGUACAAUGGUAUCAUUCAAACGAUUUCGUGCGCUGUAUCCACAAUAAGCUAUUUCAUCAUUGGAUCGACUCGUGUAGGGCGUUGGGAUCGCCGGAUUCACCUCACGCUAGGAUUGGCAGGUUUCAUUUUCUACCACUUGUGCCAUUACCCCAUGCCAUUCUAUGAUGGACCGUUAAAUCAAGAAGUAUACGAGUUCCAAAGGCUUUGUAUCUCUUCAAUGCGGCCAUUCUUCUCGGCUUGUGUUUUCCACUGA